UUUCACCAAGUUUGACAAUGGCGAUGUUGCACUAAUGCAUCUGUUAUUCUUUUCUCCUUUGUUAACAGUGGUGUUUACUUAGUUUUUCAUUACUUUUAUUCAUGCAAAUCAAGAAAAUUGUUGCCAUUAAACGGUAGUAGACGAUUGUUGCAAUUUAACAAUUUACAAAUUAUUGUCAUUAUAGAAACACCACGAAAGGCUGUAUAAAUCAUGUCAGAUGAGGAAAAUGGAGGAUCAUCAUCUGCACGGUUGUUAUCUUCACAAUACAAAGAUGAUCAAUUAGAAAUUGUUGAGGUGACUUCAUUUGAUAAAGCGCAGCUUGAGCGUUUGGACGGCAAUGUGUUGGAAGUGGGAGAGAGUAGUAGUGAUGGUAUGAAAUAUAUGCAAGUUCUGGACUCCAGUAAAAACAUGAUGGUGGACCUACUAAACUUGACUUUAGUUAGGAGUGAAGAUGGUCAGGAGUCUUACCAGUUGGUGACGAAUGCAGAUUCCUCCGAGAGCAAUGAAGGUGAAACUGUUACUUGUGUUUUGCAAACCACUGAAGAUGGGGAAGAAACGGAGAACCAAGAGACAUAUGUGAUGGUGGACGGUGCUGAUGGUCCACUGAUGUUCUUGCAGCAAUCUCCAAUAAAGAAACCCUCACCAUUGAAGCCAGCGCCAUCACCCGCAGAAAUAUUGGAAAGAGCUAAAGCUUUACAGAAAGCUAAGAAGUUGUCUUCGACUGGAGGUGUGGGUGCAAGUAGAAGUCGAGGUCGCGGACGGCGGCGCGGGGAACUGCCCCCGCCGCAUGAACUCCUCGCAUCACCCAGCUUCAAGCUGUUCCUCUACUCCUGCAAGCUGUGCAGUUUCCAGUGCAACGCUAUCAAAGAGCUCACCGCACACAAGGCUGCGGAGCACGCGGGCGGUGGAGGUAGCGGUGGGGGGCGAAGGCGCGGCGGUUGGCUGACGUCGCCCAUCACGCUGCAGUGUGCUCGCUGUCCCUACAGGGGCUCCACACAUUGGCAGCUGAUGAAACACGUCAAAGAGAAGCAUGUGGAAGCUGAUGAUGAUGCCACAAGUAACAAGGUAUACCUGGAUAGUGCUGAGGUUGCAGCUGCGGAUGUACUGGUGUGUGGUGCUUGUGGCUUUGAAUCCGCUUCCCGGCAAGCUUUCAAGUUGCACAUUGAACAGGAUCAUGGAGCCAACACUUGCUGAAGGCUCAGAAAUAUAUGUACAGUUGGAGAAUUAAAUUCAAUACCCACAUGGGAUUGAUAUACCCAAAAUGUAAGACAGUGAAUUUUUAUUAUAACACUUCAGUCAAACAGCAAGGUAAAAAAUAUAAUAGAUUUUCAGACAUAAUGUUCACACUAAUAUAGAUAUUUACUAAGAUUAAUUCAGUGUUAUAACUUCCCUUUUAAUAAAAAAAAAACUUCAUUGUGUUCUGAAAUAUUGAUACUAAUGCUGUUUGAUUUCAAGUUUAUUGGUUCAGUAAACAGCAAUAGAGCUCUGGUCUUAUCAACUCGUGUUGUAAUAGAAGUGUUACGACAGUGGAGACGCACUGUAACAGCUGUAAUUUAACACUUAUGUAUGUGACUUGUAUAGAAUAUUUCAUUGAAUUGGAAGGGAAAGUGGGUAGGAAAUAAAUGUCCUCGACUGUGUGCAGUUUCACUUUUCCCACUUACCUUAAACUGCUUUUAGUACCCUUCCGACUUCUGGUAUGUCAAUGGUUUUUUCCUAGAGUUAUUGUGUACCAUAUGUAGGUUUAUUUCAAUUAAAUUAUC